UAAAGGCAAGGUCAAUCUAAUCCCACUCUGCGCUCUCUCUCGAGUCCUACUUUAAAAAUAUAUUAUAACGAUAUUUUUGUAUAAACUGCCUCAUUCCAUCGUUGGCCCCCAACCUUAAUUAAAAAUGGCUCCUAAAUUACACAGUAUCAUUGCCAGCCCACCUGUAAGAGCGGUUCUUAUGUGUGCCAAAGUUUUGGACGUCGAACUAGAAUUGAUCCCUGUUGAUGUAUUGAGUAAGGAUCAUUUAAAAGAAGAAUAUUUGAAGAAAAAUCCUCAACAUACUGUUCCUCUACUAGAAGAAGACGAUGGAUUUUUACUGGCCGACAGUCACGCUAUUAUGGGCUAUUUGGUAAACCAAUACGGCAAAGACGAUUCUUUGUAUCCAAAAAACGACAGCAGACUUAGAGCUGUAAUUGAUCAUAUACUGCAUUUAGACUCUAGCGUUCUUUUUAUUAGAGGAUUGUUGAUAUCUAAACCGCUUUUGUUCCAAAAAAUCUUACCAACAGAAGAAAAAAUCAAAGAUCUUAAAGAAGCCUUCCAAAUCCUGGACGCCGUUUUGGAAAAGAACCAAACCAAAUACGUUGCCGGCAAUAGUUUAACUAUUGCCGAUUUCAGCGUGGUCACUACAAUUACAUGUUUCGAUAUUUUCACUCCUUACGCUGAAUUCCCGCAUUUAAAGGCUUACAUUGAAAGAAUGGAGCAAGAAUCUUGGUACGAGCUUAACAAAGAAGGCCUAGCUCUUAACAAAAAGAUGAUUGGUGAACUUAUGAAUGAGCUUAAAAACCAAUAAAUAUAGCAGUUACAUUUUCUUUGUAUUUUGAAGUUUAAUUUUUCCUUUAUUCUUUCUUGAGUUAUAUUCACAACUAAAUUAAUUAUUCAUGAUUCACGGGACGAAUUAAUUAUUAUGUAAUUGUUUCCUGACAAACAAUUAUAAUACAUGUAUUUUGCUUAUAUUUUAUUAUAAUAAAUAUCUAUAAUUAAAAGACAUUAUAUUUACUUUUCGUCAAGCAAGCAUUGCGGUA